GGUGAUAAUAUCAACCCAAACUUUUUUGCUGGAUAGGUGUGUGGAGGGACGGUGUGAUUAAGAUUGGGUAUAGUCCAGAGUGUGCCGUGUGUGUCGGUGUGUGUCAGUGUGUGUGUUUGUGCUGAGCGGGGCUGUUUGCUGAAUCCUCUUGGCUCUCUCCCCCUGUGCCCGCACACAGCACUCACUGGCAGCCAGGCGGACGGGCAGGGCAGCGUGUGCCAACACAGCUGCCUAUUGAGAGGCAGAGUUACGGACACAAUGUGAGCGACAGACUUGCUGUAUCAACAGCUCCCUCUUUUCUGCUGUUGUUGCCAGAAAUAAACCAUAAAUACCCCCCCGUCCCUGCCCUCUAAUGGCUCAACCCCAGCAAACACCAAGUGGCACAGAGAAAGAGGAACACUACCACUUCCUAGCAGGCAUACCCAGAAGUGGAGGAGCAGAGGACCAGGAGGAUGUCGGAGCAGCAGAGCGCCCCGGAGCAGCUGGCUACUGGGAAGAGCCAGGGUGGAGCUGGAGCCACGUACAAGGUGGUGCUGUUUGAGUUCGAGAACUUCCAGGGCAGCAAGGCGGAGUUUUCUACCGAGUGUAAAGAUGUGACAGAGAAGGGACUGGAGAAGGUCGGGUCUGUGAUCGUCGAGUCAGGGCCCUGGCUGGGUUAUGAUCGGCAUGGGUUCACAGGGGAGCAGUUUAUCUUGGAGAAGGGCGAGUAUCCACGCUGGGACACCUGGACCAACAGUCAGAACAGCUACUCCCUCUUUUCUCUAAGGCCCCUCAAAGUGGACAGUGCUGACCACAAGCUACAUCUGUACGAGAGCCCCGGAUUUACCGGCAGAAAGAUGGAGAUUGUCGACGAUGAUGUGCCCAGUUUGUGGGGCCACGGUUUUCAGGAUCGCGUCGCGAGCGUCAAGGCCCUUAACGGAACCUGGGUCGGCUACUUGUACCCCGGCUACAGAGGGCGCCAGUUUGUCUUUGAGCGGGGAGACUUCAAGCAUUGGAACGACUGGGAGGCCCCCGCGCCCCAGAUCCAGUCUGUCCGACGUGUGCGGGACAUGCAGUGGCACAAGAGGGGCUGCUUCACCGUUCCCGACCCGGACCCGGCUCCCGGCCCCGACCCCGAACCUGCCCCAGUACCUCCCGCCCCCCCGGCGUCAGCUGGAGCCAGCUGAGCGGCGAUCCUCGCCUGCCAACCCAAACCCCCCCCCCCUUAGCUGCCGACAGUGCCUGCCCUCUGCCUUGACCUGACCAUGGCAAACGCUGCUUGUGCCCAGUGAGGAGUGCCAUGUAUGUUUCAGUGGCGAAUAAAAGUUGUUUGACCUGGA